CAUUCGAUCCAAGGCAGGCAUUGUGACAGUUCAGAGGGCGGCAGAGGCCCAGGUUGAUGCCUUUAGCAAUCACCUGGUUGAGGGCCCUUUACUCUCUACCCAGGUAGAAAUUCCAGGCAGGUGAGAAGCAUGCUCAGAGCUAGCACUUGGCGCCCUUCCUAACUCAGCGGCAGCGCGGCUGAAAGCAACAGCAGUGAAGGUGAUUUCCUUUGUUACUGCUUUCAUGCAGGGAACCUUAGCUGUCUACUCUGGAAGCCUUUGUACUGCAGUGGUUGCCAGCUGUUUCUAACUGUCCCCCGGCGCUCUCCAGUCAGCUCCCUCUUGCAGCCAUCACCUCUGUCACUGCUGCCACUGGCUCAGCUGCCAUGGUUCAGCUUUCUUCACAGCCAGUCAAAGACCAAGAUCAGAAGUGAGCCACAAAGACAGCUUGGGAGGAACCUGUUGCUGGGCCUCACCUUGGAACAACAGUGGGGCAGCACAGAAUGACCACACUUCGGUUCCCGAAUUGAACCGAACGGCUAGAAGAGUGGUAUCUGUGAUAGACCUUCCUGAGGACUGUGGUCACACUAACCAUGGCAUUGUCCUGGCACCAGUCACAGAAGUUUCUCUGCCAUGCCACAAGGGGAGAUGCCCCUCCUGUCCUGGGUGGUGCUUGCAGGAUCAUCUAGAUUUCACCAAGACUUGAGAGGACAGAAAAAUCCAACACAAACUGAAACAAUUGUGCCUCGGUUCCAUCUUCAGGAGGUAAAGCUGUAUUUUACAGCAAGCAGCUGGGUUGCCGUGUGGCGUCCUCAAGUGCUAGUCUGAGGGCAAUCAGUUAGCCGCCUGGUUGAUUGUCCUUCCCUGAAGCAUCGAGGGUACCAGCCGUGCCAGCUCUGGGGGAGGAAAUUUGCAUCAUGGGACAGCUGGAGGCUUUUAGGGACGGCUGCAUCAAGCCAUGGCCUCUCGAGCUCUCUCCCAACUGCUCCUAGCCAUGAUGCUUCCCCUGCUGAAACUGGAGUCGACAUUUGUCCCCACAGUCCAGUCAGAACUCAAACUGUCUGGAGGGAAACCUGGGCAGGAACUGAACCAAAACAAGAAAGUAGAGGAGUCUGUCCUGGUCUCCAGCUAUGUACAGCUAGAAUUUUCAAACAGGACCCGGCCACAGAAACUCCCUGAGAACCUCACUCUCCCUGCGGCCUCCACACCCCUUACCCCAAGGACGCUUACCGCCCUGGGUCUCACAACAGAGUGUCACGUCAACCCCAACGGGACUAGGUUCUGUACUUGCCACUCUGGCUACCUGUGGAACGCUACACUCUGCUCCCUGUAUCCCACCUGCCACGGCCACACGUCAGAAACUGAUUCCUGUAUGUGUCGAAGCUUCCAUGGUCCUGUGCCUGGCUACUGCCAGUUGCUGCCACCUGCUCCUGCAGACCUGAUCCUGGACUCUCAGCUGCAAAUGCCCAGGGACACCCUGAACCUCAUUCUCUUGAAGAAAGAGGAGGCUACCAACCUGAGAUGGUACUUGAAGCACCCGGAGAGCGACAAACUCACCUUCCUACGGCCAGGGACAAACGUCUCCCAGAUGUCCAGUCAGGGCCAGACUGGCCUUAGUAUCACUGGCUUAUCCCGUCACUGGACAGGUUCGUACGUGAGCAUCUUCGAAGCCCAGGGAUUCAGGUGGAGGCUGAGUCAGGUGGUGCAGGUGCCCUUGGAGGAGAAAGAAGUGGUGCGGCUCCCAGAUGAGUUGUCCAUCUCCCGUGCUUCCUCCUCUGGCUUCCAGCUGAGCUGCUGCAUCCCCCUCACUAACUUGACCUACACUGCUACCUGGAGUCCUGGGGAGGGCAGCCAAGCCUCCUUGCAUAACUUCUCGGAUUCCCAAUGCCUGGUGCUGACUGUUGAGCACUGCCCAGAAGCCGAUACCACAUAUACGUGUACCCUACACAGUCAGAACCUGGCUCCUCUCGUGGCUCCUGUCUCCGUCACCAUCAUCCAGGAUGGAGACACUACCUGCCCCGAGGACUUCUCAGUGGUUGCCUGGAAUGUCACCAAGGCUGGCUUCGUGGCACAGGCCCCGUGUCCUGUGAAUAAGAGGGGCAUGGUAAAGAGGCUCUGUGGGCCUGAUGGCACCUGGGGGCCUGUCCAGAACAGCUGCACAGAGGCCGAGAUCCUAGCCACGAGUAUUAGAGCCAAGCUACUGCUGGAAGGCCAGGGAAAGCCCGAUGAGGAGGUACAAUGCAUCCUGAGUCGGCUUCCAGGGCAGGUAGACGUGGUCAGCACCCCCUCUGACUUACAAGAAACGCUGCACACUGUGACCUUGCUGGCCAACGUGGUAGCAGAGACAAGAACAGAGCUUACAGACAGUGCCCUGAAGGAUCUCCUGACAACCACAGACAAGAUUCUAGAGGUGAAACUCAGCUCUCUGUGGACUCUGGCCCAGGCCCAGGCGCCCGCGCUGGCCUCGGAUUUCCUGAAGGCUGUGGAGACCCUGGUCCACAGCUUGAGCUCACAGCAGCACCCUUUCUCCUUUACCUCGUCUAAUGUACUACUGCAGAGCCAGCUCCUCAGACACACCUCUCCUCCUGGCCACCAAAUGUCCUUCCCUGCCUGGCCCUUCCUACAGGCACUGAUCCCGUGGUAUUCACUGGCCCCACUGGUCCAUAAUGGAACUAAUGUCAGUAUUACUACCCUAGUACUGCAAAAACUGGACCACUAUCUGACCUCAAGCUAUGCACAAGGGAUGUGGACCCCAUAUACCACUCCUGGGCUGGUCCUGGUGGUCUCCAUUACAGCUGACGGCCAGGCCUUCACACAGGCAGAACUUAUCAUGGACUUUGAAGACGUGAAUGUAACCGUGCUCUGUGUCUUCUGGGACUACAGUCUCUUCCAGGGUCACGGGGGUUGGUCAGAUAAAGGGUGCCGGGUACAUGCAGGCAACACCAGCGCCGUCACUAGGUGUGUUUGCCAGCAUCUCACUGCCUUUUCCAUCCUCAUGUCCCAACACGCCAUCCCAGAAAAUCCUAUCCUGAACUUGCUGAGCCAGGUGGGCGUUGGGGUUUCCAUUCUGGCACUGCUCACGUGCCUGGUUAUUUACAGGCUGGUGUGGGGAGUGGUGGUUCGGAACAAAGUCUCCUUCUUCCGCCAUGCCGCCCUGUAUAACAUGGUGAUCUGCUUGCUGGUGGCAGACGCAUGCUUCCUGGGAGGCCCGUUCUUUCCUUCAGGGUACCACAGCCUGUUCUGCCUGGCCACUGCUUUCCUGUGUCACUUUUUCUACCUGGCCACGUUUUUCUGGAUGCUGGCCCAGGCCCUGGUGCUGGCCCACCAGCUGCUUUUCGUCUUCCAUCAGCUGUCCAAGUACUUGGUUCUCUCCCUGAUGGUGACACUGGGCUACCUGUGCCCACUGGGGUUCGCAGGUGUCACCCUGGGCCUCUACUUGCCUCAAAGGAAAUACCUGUGGGAGGGGAAAUGUUUGCUGAAUGAAGACGGAGUCAUGCUGCAUGCUUUCAGCGAGCCGGUGCUGGCCAUCGUCUGUGUAAACGGGCUGGUCCUUGUCAUUGUUGUGCUGAAGCUCCUAAGGCCUUCACUGUCAGAGGGGCCCCCAGUGGAGAAGCGCCAAGCUCUUGUGGGGGUGCUUAAAGCCCUGCUUAUUCUCACGCCCAUCUUUGGCCUCACCUGGGGACUGGGCGUGGCUGUUAUAUUUGAUCAAGAUUCCAUGGUGUCUCACUACAUCUUCACCAUUCUCAACAGUCUCCAGGGUGUCUUCAUCUUAGUGUUUGGCUGCCUCACAGACAAGAAGGUACUAGAGGCCUUGCGCAAACGCUUCCGCUUCCGAGGCACUCAGUCCUCCAACUCUGCCGUCUCCCUGGCCACAAACGAAAGCUGCACUUCGGAACACAGCAAAGAAAGAAGUGAACGUGCCAGGUGAGGGCAGCUUUCUCGGGAGCAGAUCGAUGACGGAGUUAUGAAGAAAGGAUGACUGAUUGACAGGAACCUGUGAUCUUCCGGACACUAAAGAUGAAGGGCAGAAUUCAGUUUCUUUGGGGACAAUAUUUAGUUACAAAACCCUUACUAAUAUAACUGCUUGUAAAAUACACCAGCAGAGGCCAUUUACUAAUCUAUGAAGUGGCACAUACAUGGCACAGAAAAACUUCAGAGUGACAGUGAAUUCACCUGUUAAAGCAACAGUGAGACUUUUGACAGCACCCUCUUUAACAUACACUUGUUCAGGCUGGCAAGGGAGGAACCUGACUAUUUUGUAUCACUAACUAUAAAAAGUACUAUUGAAAAAGGUAAUGUCAGACAUUGGGAAGUGCUUUACAACAAAUUUCCAAGUUUACAUUUACUUAUAACCACAAUAAAAAGGCUGACCACA